AUGGCGAGCCUCGGGAACUUUCCCGCACAGGCUCACAGCAGCACGUUACUCCCCAAACCCACUGCACCAUAUUUCCCAUUCCCCACUAAACCUCACUUCUCAUUUCCCACUCGCCUCAACCUCGAAGCUGCUCGCGGACGAAUCCAAACUGGAUUACAUUGUAAGGCCAUGAGAGCAAUAGGUUCAAAGGGCGGCUCGAGCUUCGUUGAAACGGACGGCCCAGAUGAAUUUGAGGAUGAUUUUGAUGAUGGAUUUCUCGAUUUAGACGAUGAUGGUGGUGGCGGCGGCAUUGAGGAGGACGGGGACGAGGAUGAGGCUUUUAUGCCGAUGAUGAACGCGAAAAAAUGGAUUGAGAAGCGGCCACGCGGCUUCGGUGAAGGCAAAGUUUAUGAUACUUCAAUUGAGGAUAAGCUGAUGGAAGAAAUUGAGCAGAGUCGAAAAGCUCAGCUUGCCAAUGUCAACAAGCUUAAGAACAGUGCUGCGAAAUCGAAUCCUAGCUCUAAGAAAGAAAUAAACAAGGAAGUAAAGGGCGCUACACAUAUUGAGGAUGGAACAUUCCGAGUGCGUUUGCUCAACCUUCCAAAGAAGAAGAACAUUCACAAGGACUUAAGACUAGCUUUUGAAGGAGCUCGUGGAAUAGUGAAUAUAGACCCAGUUGUUUCGGGGAAUGAGAAAACUCGGGAUCCAGUGUGCAAAGGACUAGCGUUCGUUGUCUUCAAGCACCAGGAUGAGGCACAGAGGUUCGUGCAGAAUUUUUCGGGCAAAAGCAUAACUUUUGGCAAAGUUCAGAAGCAGAUAAGAUGUGAAUUGGUGAAUCCCAAGAAGUCUAACCCUGCACUUGAACAAUUACCUCAUGACGGUGAUUUCACACUUGGAAGGGCCAUUUUCAGUUCGGACGUAAAAGAUGUUGAUGUUGAAUCUGAUGUUUCACCAUUAUAUUCAUGGGAAGAAAGUGCACCAAUUGAAGUAAAUGAUGAUGAUGAUGAAGAAGAACAGGAAGAGAUCAAUGGAACUUUAACUACCUCGGACUCUGAUUUAGCUGAUGAAUUGGAACUAAAAGAGGGAUUUGCAGUAAACUCAUCCACCUCAAGCUCGGGAAGGAAGAGCGCAAACAAGAAAAAAACAUCUAAACGGAGGAAAAACAACGUUUCAAAGUUGAACAUCCCAGGAUCUGCCAAUAGGUUAAAGAUAAGAGAGAAGGAAAUGCUCACAGGUGUGUUGUCCAAAUAUGGUGCGGCUGUAAAAGAACAAAGUUCACAAUGA